AUGUCGGGCCCUGACGUAGUGAAGAAGUACCGCACGAAGUGCACGGGCGCCGCGCUCGAGACCGUCGAACGUCACAGCGGGGAGGCGCCGUACACGCUCUUUGCGGCCGUGUUCUGUCCGUUCGUGCAGCGUGUGUGGGUCGCGCUAGAGUUCUAUGGGAUUCCGUAUAAGUACUAUGAGGUAGACCCGUACAAGAAGCCAAAAAACUUGCUUGAGGUGUCGCCGAAAGGCCUCGUCCCGGGGCUUAAGAUGGAGAUUAACGGACAAGCUCGGGCCCUUAAUGAGAGCACGGUGAUCCUCGACUUUAUCAUGGAUCUUGCAGCAAAGGAAGGCGCUACCAAAUCGCUUCUCCCUCCCAUAUCCGAUCCGUACGCCCGAGCGCUUGUACGCUUACAAUGUGACCACGUCUCGCGCUCGCUCGUUCCUGCGUUCUACCGCUUCCUCCAAGCACAAGAUGCGGACGCGCAGAUCGCGGGUGGACAAGAGUUCGCGUCUGCGUUGUCUACUUUGACUGAUCUUCUUGAGCGUGGUGAGCGCGAGACGGGCGGUGCCACAGGUGGUCUAUGGACGGGUGAUGAGCUCAAUUUGCUUGAUGUGACCGUGGCGCCGUGGAUACAUCGUACUACGAUCGUGCUCACGCAUUAUCGGGCUUGGAGGAUGCCGGAGGGAGAGAAGUUUGGGAGAUGGGUUGAGCGGCUUUUGGAGCAUCCUGCAUUCAAGGCGACGACUAGUACUGAAGACGUCUAUCUGGACUCUUAUGAGCGGUAUGCGAAGAAUGUACCCGGCACUAGCCAAGUCGCAAAUGCCAUUAACUCAGGAAGACAAUUACCAUGA